AUGGUUUGCAUCGGCGUCCCCGUCUGCCGCCCCCUUUUCAAGGGCUGGUUCAACAAAUUUUCUUCACGCGGGGGUAGCAACCCUGGCGCGUACACGAAGGACCUGGCCGACUCCAAUGGCGGUUUCGGUCUGAAAACUAUAGGAGGCACUGAUUAUUCGGUCAGAGUCGGGAUGAAGACGCCCGAUAUGAAUUUGACCAGCGCUAGCGGACGAAGUGGGGAGGGCGUCAAGGGAGAUCCCAAUAGGUCCAUGGGAAGGGUGUAUGGCGACGACAACAGCGUCGAUUCGAUCUUGGGCCCUGACGACCGCCACGGUCAGGUGCGUAACACGGAUACCGACGGAUAUUCCAGUGAGGAUGGCAAGGGCGGUCUUCAGAACAUCUGGGUGAAGUCUGAGGUGGUGGUCCAGUCGACGGCACGGAACUAA